AUACGUUUUCGAAAUGUGGUAGGCGGGGUUAGGGGGGUCAGCCCCCCUAUAGACCUGGCGCCUUCGUCACGGAUCAAAACGGCGACCGACACAGACUACGAUGAAACAGCGAAAUUAUAUACAGAGUGUCCCAGGAGUAUACGAACGUUAUUCUAUUUGAUAUGUCCUGACAACGGGCCCAGGGCCACCACGAUGCCAACAGAGGACGACUAUGGCCGAAGACAAAUCUCGUCAUCGCAACCACAACAUCCCCCCACAAACACUCCCUCGCCUUCUCCUCUACCCUCUCAUUGUCCUGCUGGCUGCGUUCCUGCGAAAAACCCGCUCGGCAGCGAUCGGGUGCCUUCGGGCGUCUUCGGCGGCGAUCGGGCGGUCUUCGGCAGCGAUCGAACGCCUUCAGGCGUCUUCGGGAGCGAUCGGACGCCUUCGGGCGUGUUCGGGAGCGAUCGGGCGCCUUCGGGCGUGUUCGGGAGCGAUCGGGCGAGUUCGGGCGUGUUCGGGGGUGAUCGGCCGGGCUCAGAUCGGCUGCCGUCGGGCGAGCGGUAUCAGGGCGUAUCGGAGAGGUUUCCUUUGGGCGAGAGGCCACAAACGUCGGUGUCGGCGGAUCGGUUGGCUGGGAAGGAGCAGCAGCAACAGCAGCAGCUGCAGCUACAGGGGUCGGGCUAUUGCCAAGACGAUAGACCGAAUUAUCAGUCGGAAAGGUUCGUAUACAAUAUAUUGAAGACUGGAACCUUUGGCACGAUAACACACUACACACUGUUUUACCACUAA